AAAUUUCAGCUGGGUAUGUAUCUUUUUUUGUAUUUGAUGACAUAAAAAUAUAUAUUUUUUGAUAUUAGUUUUUUUUUUUUUUUGGUUGAAAUUUUGGAUUUUGGGGAUUAAUGGAGGAAGUGGAAUUAGCUAAUAAAGCUGCAGUUGAAAGUUGUCAUAGAAUUUUAAAUUUAUUAGCUCAGCCUAAAGAUCAUGUACAAGCAAAAAACUUAACUAUACAAACAGGGGAAGCUGUUAUUAGAUUCAAGAGAGUUGUAUCUCUACUUAAUAAUGGUUUAGGUCAUUGUAGAGUAAGGAAAUCUGAAAAAGUUCAAAACUUGAUUCCUCAAAACAUACUGUUAGACAACCCCACUAAGAAAGUAGUUCCAAAUUACCCGAAUCAAGAAACCUGUUCAAAUGGUGUUAAAAACAGUCUUAUGCUAGGUAACCAUAAGCCGGUAGUUGAUAUGUGCUCGAUACAAAUUGGGAGUUCCCAGCAAACCCCUAACCCGAAUAGUAACUAUCAGUUUUUGCAACAACAUCACCAGCAACAUACACAGUUACAGCUUAAACAGCAGGCUGAGAUGAUGUAUCGGCGUAGUAAUAGUGGGAUAAAUUUGAAUUUUGAUAAUGCUGGUUGUACGCCUACUAUAUCGGCGAAUAGGUCUUUUAUGUCUUCGUUGAGUAUGGAAGGGAGUGUGACUACUUUAGAUGGGAGUUCUUUUCAGUUGAUUGGAUCAACGAGGUCAACUGAUCAAGGUUCGCAGCAACAUAAAUCGAGGUGUUCUGGUAGGGGAGAGGAUGGCAGUGUGAAAUGUGGUAGCUCUGGUAGAUGUCACUGCUCCAAGAAGAGGAAGCACCGGGUUAAGAGGUCAAUCAAAGUACCGGCUGUCAGUAAUAAGCUUGCUGAUAUCCCCCCUGAUGAAUAUUCUUGGAGGAAGUAUGGCCAGAAGCCUAUCAAGGGCUCGCCUCAUCCCAGGGGUUACUAUAAAUGCAGCAGUAUGAGAGGUUGCCCAGCAAGGAAGCAUGUGGAGCGAUGCUUGGAUGAUUCAGCAAUGCUUAUUGUCACCUAUGAAGGUGAGCACAACCAUACAAGGGUACCAUCUCAAUCAGCAAACACGUGAAAAGAAUCCCGAAAGCCUGGCCCUGUGUUGUUUGUUGUCUAUUUUAAAUAUUUUCUUGAUCGCAUUGGGUUGCUUCCCCGUACAUGUUUUUAGUGCGAUUUUGGAGAAAUAUAUUGAGGGUUGGAUCAAAUUUUCCUAUGGAAUGAUUGGUUUUUGGUUCUUUUGUAUGAACUUAGAGUAGACAUCUGGUGUUCCUUUGUUGUUGUGGUACAUUGCAUCUUUGAUUGGCUUAAAUGAUCCCCUUUUGCUGGGCUGAGCCUGUCAAAUUCUCCACUCUUUUGCGGUUUAGAGAAUUAGCAGUGGUUUUGCUACUGGUCAA